UGGGGGCUGGGCUUUGAGUCUGUGGGUGCGGACGGAGAAUGUGGGCUGGAGGCUGACGGGAUGCAGCAUCUCCUCGACGGUCCUCUUCCCUCCAUCAUUCUCCCGCUGAUGCGCUGUGCGUUAUGACGCUUGGCCGUUUGACGCGUGCGUUACAGUGCGUGGGGCUGGCAGCACGGCAGCCUAGAUCCUCGUUAUGUAAUGUAUCGCAUGCAGCUGCACUGCCCAGAGUAGCGGGGGGAACUGACGGAUGGCUGAUUUACUAAUGAGCAACGGUUUGUUGGUUUGGGGCUGAGCGUACACACGUCUGCAGGAACAAUGCUGGUCGUCUGUCGCUGAAGUACUGUGUAACCGAGGCCGUCUGGGCACCACUGGCCUCUCCCUGAGGUGCACGGACGACUGGAGCCUGCGGAAGCUGCACAGUUUUUCUUUAGCCAGCCAGAGGCGCGUCUCUGUUUAAAACCGUCUCCGCUGUCAGUGGAAAUAAACCAAUGCUGGUUUGUUGUAGAGAAGAAGCGGCAUUAUAUUCAGUUCUUCAUCGCACCGGUUUAAUCCAACAGCCUGUGAGCUGUAAAACAAACAAUGGCGGGCCCCGAGCAGUCCCAGCAGCAACAGCAGGUAGAGGAGAAGGCAGAGCACAUAGAUGAUGCUGAGAUGGCCCUGCGAGGUAUUAACAUGCUGCUCAACAACGGAUUCAAAGAAAGCGACGAGCUUUUCAGGAAAUACAGGACCCAGAGCCCACUGAUGAGCUUUGGGGCCAGUUUUGUCAGUUUCCUGAAUGCCAUGAUGACAUUUGAGGAGGAAAAGAUGCAGACAGCCUGUGAUGACCUGAGGACCACUGAGAAACUGUGUGAGAGUGAAAGCGCUGGAGUGAUAGAGACAAUCAGAAACAAGAUCAAGAAGAGUAUGGACUCCCAGAGGUCAGGCCUUGUUGUUGUGGAUCGCCUGCAGAGACAAAUUAUUGUUGCUGACUGUCAGGUGUACCUCGCUGUGCUCUCCUUCGUCAAACAGGAACUAUCAGCAUAUAUCAAAGGAGGCUGGAUUCUUCGUAAGGCAUGGAAGAUGUACAAUAAGUGCCACAGUGACAUCAGCCAGCUGCAGGAGGCCUGUCAGCGGAGGUCCUCUAUCAACCAGGCGUCCCUCUCGGUGGACAACGCAAACCACAACACACCAGUGGAGAAUGCUGUGACGGCUGAUGCCCUGGACCGGCUCAAGGGCUCCGUCAGCUUUGGCUAUGGCCUCUUCCAUCUGUGCAUUUCCAUGGUACCACCACACCUGCUCAAGAUUAUCAACCUGCUGGGCUUCCCUGGCGACCGACUUCAGGGCCUGUCCUCCCUAAUGUAUGCAAGCGAGAGCAAAGACAUGAAGGCACCACUAGCUACGUUGGCCCUUUUGUGGUACCACACAGUAGUGCUGCCUUUCUUCGCUCUGGAUGGCUCUGAUACACAUGUAGGUCUGAUGGAGGCCAAAGCUAUUCUGCAGAGAAAGUCGGUGGUUUACCCCAACUCGUCGCUCUUCAUGUUCUUUAAAGGACGUGUUCAGAGGCUAGAGUGCCAUAUCAACAGUGCUUUGGCCUGUUUCCAUGAUGCACUAGAGCUUGCAUCAGACCAAAGAGAGAUCCAGCAUGUCUGUCUCUAUGAGAUUGGUUGGUGCAGUAUGAUAGAGAUGAACUUUGAAGAUGCAUUCAGGUCAUUUGAAAGGCUGAAGAAUGAAUCUCGGUGGUCACAGUGCUACUAUGCCUACUUGACUGGAGUGUGUCAGGGUGCUUCAGGUGACCUGGAUGGAGCAAGUGGAGUUUUCAAGGAUGUGCAGAAGCUGUUCAAAAGAAAAAACAACCAGAUAGAGCAAUUUGCUGUCAAAAGGGCUGAGAGACUGAGAAAGAUCUCGCCCAGCAGAGAGCUGUGCAUCCUCGGCGUAAUUGAAGUGCUGUAUCUGUGGAAAGCGCUUCCAAACUGCUCCUCAACUAAACUACAGAUAAUGAAUCAGGUGUUACAGAGUUUAGAUGACACUUUGUGCAGAGGCCUGAAACAUCUCCUUCUUGGUGCCAUUCACAAAUGUCAUGGAAAUAUGAGAGAUGCUCUUCAGUCGUUCCAGCUGGCUGCUGGAGAUGAGUACGGACGACAGAUCAACUCAUAUGUCCAGCCGUAUGCUGUCUAUGAGCUGGGAUGUAUCCUGCUUGCAAAACAAGAGACACUGGGAAAAGGAAGAUCAUUGCUACUUCAAGCAAAGGAGGAUUUUACAGGCUACGACUUUGAGAACAGGCUUCACGUCCGCAUCCAUUCAGCCCUGGCCUCGCUGAAGGAAGUGGUGCCUCAGUGACUCCAGGAAAAAACUACAGUGGCUCAAGCCGUGCUCAUGGCCCUUUACACCAGGUUUUCAGACAUUUGAAUUAACUGUCUGACAUCCUAGUGAACAGGCUCCUUUGUUUUCAUCCUUAGAUUUAGAGAGACAGAACUUGUUUGUCAUCUUACCCACACUCAGGCUGAUACAGUGUGAGGCCUCAUCUCUGAGCAGUCAGUACAGAGAUAGGUAUGAUAGUCUUCAUACUAGCUUAGCACAAAGCCUGGAAGCAGAUGGAAAUAGGCUAACCUACUGUAGUGUAGCUUUGGCUAGCAAGUUACAAAUGAAGCUAUCAAUGUGACAUCUGUUGUUGGUCAGCAAGCUAGCCCUUAAUACAUCCAUAUACUUUUUACUGUGCAAUCCUAUAGCUACAACUAGGUGAUUUUUUAAAAUCUAUUUAUUGUAAUGCUUUAUUUUACAGCUCUGCUAUUUCCUAAUAAUUUCUUGAACGUUUCCUCCAAAGAACCAUGUAGUUUGGUAUUAAUUAUAGAAAAAUAGUCCGCUGAGUUGUGUUGACGUGAUUACUGGCUUCCAGAUGAAUUUCCAUGAAAGAAAUUGCUCAUUGUAAACUCCAGUUAAUGUUUGCUUUUUAUUUAUUAAUUAUUUGAAAUGGUUUUCUUAUUUUUUGCUGAAUUGGAUAGUUGUUUGUAGACAAAUUUAACACUUUGCAUGUGUAGCUGACCUUCUGUCCUUUUAAUAAAAGCCUCCAGUUUGUGCUAGCUUAACAUUUAGAAAUAAGUGGAAGUGUUCCAACUGAUCACUGUCUAAUUAUACCUAUAAUUAGAACCAAAUUAUAUGGUUCCUUCCAGGAAACCUCUUAGGAAAUUAUUUAGAAAUAAACUGGAAUUUAUAGACCUGUAAAAUACAGUGUUAUUUGUUUUUUCAGCUUCCUGUCUAUGUGCUAAGCCUGGCUAAAUACAUCCACCUAUUUCUGAAAUGGAUGCGCAGAGAUGACAUUGAUAUCAAUGCUUCACACUGGACAAGACAAGAAAGAAGAAUAUUUCCUCAAAUCUCUUAACAGUUGCUUUAAGUGUCUUUUGCGUCCAAAUGUAUUAGCUGGCUAGUAACAGUUUUCCACAUUAACAUGUGUAUUUCAGGUUCCAUGAGCAAUUCAGCACAUACAAGUAACCUUUUAAUGAGAUCAUAUGUCUUUUAACAGUACCUUUACAAAGACUAAUAAAAGAUAGAGGUAAUAGUAUUUUCCACAUUCUUUACAAACAUGCAGAUGCCAUUUGAAGAGCUUAGACAAAGAAAUAGAAUAAACACCAGUUCUUUGCUAUAUCACAUAUCAUGAAACCGAUAAUGGGAGGAUUAGUCAAACUUAACGAUUUUAUAUGUUCAUAUUAAGGACCUCAUGGAUUGUUCCAUUUUCAGCAGUUAUUUAUUUAAUAAGCAACAGCUCUCUUACAAUAAAAAUAUUAAACUUUGUUUGCCAAAUCACAAAAGGGGUCAUUUCACACAGGGAUCAUUUAUAUUCACAGUGGAAAUUAAACAACAAAUGUGUAGUGUAAUUAGUUACUACAUGAACAGUUAAAUAAUGUCAAAUAUUCUCAGUGAUGACCUUAAAAUUACACAUAGUAACGAGUAGUCACGCUCAAGUAGACGGACAUCAUACAUUUAUAGAAACAGAGAAAUCACGUCACAAUGUGAAAACACCAGGCAUUGAUCCUGUGCACUAUGCAUGGUAUGGCAGGGUGACAGUGGCUUUGAGACUGUACUGAAGCCAAAUGUACCUGUAUGUCCAUGCCUACAAAUACAUCAAGGUAUUGUAAUACAGUAUGUCCAGUACGGUAAUGUUACCACUGGAAGGUGCUGCAAUAUGUCAGCUUAGUAAACAUAUAAUACUGGUGAAUUAUUUCAGUAGUGUUUCAGUGAUACAAGCUUUUGAAUUAGUCCAUUAUAGUGACAGGUUUAUUAAUUGCAUAACAGAAAUUGUAUGUUUUAAAUGUCAUUUACACUGUUUUAGUUUGAGUCUUGAACCUACAAAUCCUGUGGUGACCAGCCAGACUGCAGUGUUAGUGAUUAAGCUGAUUCAAUAGUGUGAUGUUAAACUGGACAGCUGCUGUAAUAAGUGAGUGUGACAAUCUUUUCCAACACAGUUACACACUGUAAAUAUGUAUUAUUUUGUGUAGGGUAUUGCCUUCUGAGUUAUGGUCAUCUGAGCAAUAUAAGCAAGAGGAGAACAUCUUAAUUUACAGAGGCUUUCAACACUGACUAUUUGUGUUUUUCAUCCCAUGGUAAAGAUGUAGAUGGAUCGAUUUACUUUGCUCACACUAAGCUGGUCAGACAAAGCCGGUCAUCGCCUGCAGCUGUGAUGGAUGAAAAUUGUGGCUAAUGCUGAGGUGACCACUGUGCAAGUGGUCGGUGAAGUGCACGUCAUGUAAUGGUGAAGUGUCAGUAAGAUGUUGCCUGCCUGCUGUACCAAAUACUAAUGUCACUGGAAGAUUUUUGUUGCUUUUGUCAUGAGAUUUUGUUGAAGUUGAGGUUACAUGUCAGAAUGUCAGUGUCCCAGUGUGUCACUGAACAAUAAACAGUUCUCCAUUAAUCUGGGUGCACAUACAGUAUUUUCUGCCUCUGAGUUCUUUCCUAAUGAAACUGCCCUUUGGACAGUGGAUGUUAAUGUUAAAUGUGCAAUGAUGGUAG